AUGGCUGCACCCAAUACCCAGACCAAAGCACCCAAUACCCAGACCCAGGCACCCAAUACCCAGACCCAAGCACCCAAUACCCAGACCCAAGCACCCAAUACCCAGACCCAGGCACCCAAUACCCAGACCCAGGCACCCAAUACCCAGACCCAGGCACACAAUACCCAGAACCAAGCACCCAAUACCCAGACCCAAGCACCCAAUACCCAGACCCAAGCACCCAAUACCCAGACCCAAGCACCCAAUACCCAGACCCAAGCACCCAAUACCCAGAACCAAGUACCCGAUACCCAGACCCAGGCACCCAACCACCCGAUACCCAGACCCAGGCACCCGAUACCCAGACCCAGGCACCCAAUACCCAGACACAAGCACCCAAUACCCAGACCCAAGCACCCAAUACCCAGACCCAAGCACCCAAUACCCAGACCCAGGCACCCAAUACCCAGACCCAGGCACCCAAUACCCAGACCCAGGCACACAAUACCCAGAACCAAGCACCCAAUACCCAGACCCAAGCACCCAAUACCCAGACCCAAGCACCCAAUACCCAGAACCAAGUACCCAAUACCCAGACCCAAUACCCAGACCCAGGCACCCAAUACCCAGACCCAAGCACCCAAUACCCAGACCCAAGCACCCAAUACCCAGACCCAGGCACCCAAUACCCAGACCCAGGCACCCAAUACCCAGACCCAGGCACACAAUACCCAGAACCAAGCACCCAAUACCCAGACCCAAGCACCCAAUACCCAGACCCAAGCACCCAAUACCCAGACCCAAGCACCCAAUACCCAGAACCAAGUACCCAAUACCCAGACCCAGGCACCCAAUACCCAGACCCAACCACCCGAUACCCAGACCCAGGCACCCAAUACCCAGACCCAGGCACCCAAUACCCAGACACAAGCACCCAAUACCCAGACCCAAGCACCCAAUACCCAGACCCAGGCACCCAAUACCCAGACCUAA